AGACUAUAUCAGUGGUGUGCUUAUAAACCACCCUGACACGGUACAGAUGAUUAGUGCAAGAAAAGUUAGCGAGCUCCAAGAGGUGAUGACGCUCUUGGAGCCGCUUGAGGAAAUGACCAGACAUUUAAGUGGUCUUCAUUAUGUUACAUGCUCAGCCGUAAUUCCAUUGGUAAACUGCCUCCGUGCCACAAUUCAACAGAAAAGACCUGAAUCAGCAGUAGCUAUUGCUGUGCAAGCUGCACUUCUGGCUGAGAUUGAUCGCCCAGAUCGAUUUGGAAAUAUUGAGUUGAACCAGAAUCUCAUGAUGGCUAUGAUUCUAGAUCCUAGAUUUAAGCAGGAUCACUCACAGCAUCCUACCCGUGUGGCAGCUGCUUUUACCAAGAUAUCAGAAUUGGUCAGUAGAGAGGACAUGGUGGCCGAAGUGGAAAAUUUAGAUCAGGCAGCAGAAGAAGACGGAGCAGUUCAUCAUGGUCUUUUAUUGCACCAUGAAACUAUUAGAGCCCAGAGAAAUUCUUCACGCAACCGCACCAUCGGGGGUAUGCACAGAGAGCUGAGACUGUAUCUCGAGGAAAAAACGAUUCCUACAAAACAUUGUCCCAUCACCUACUGGAUGAGGUAUAAGGAUGUUUUCCCUAGUUUAUUUAGAGUUGCAAAAAGGUUUUUAAUUAUGCCUGCCACCUCUGUACCCUCAGAGAGGUUAUUUUCUCAAGCUGGGCUUAUUUUAACAAACGAGAGAAGCAGGCUUGAUUCCCAAAGGCUCUCAGCUUUGUUGUUCUUAAACUCACUGUCCAAAGAGCAGUGGAACUUGUAAGAUGUGUCUGUUCUGCCUUUCUGCUAUUCACAUGUAGUUUUGUUUUUCCAUUUUUUGGACCUUUAGUCAAAUAUUUAUUUCGUUGGCUUACCGACCAGGUGCUUUAGAAUAUAUUUUUAAGUAUAUUACGUAUUGAAGUUAAAAGUGUAGACUUCGUCAACUUCGUGUGAUAUUGAAGUGCCUCUCCUACAAAUGUUUUGUUGUUCUAUUGUUUGCACCUGUCAUAGAAAAUUAGGUCUCUUUUAAAGUUGUUCUUCUCUGUAAAUUUUUCUAGUUUGCUCUUAGUUCAAUACACAAAAGCAAUAUUGAGCACGGUACUUGAACUACUCAUUAGAGUUACUUAUCACUUUCCCAACUGCAUAGCUGUUUCUCUAACAACUGGAAAAUUCAUUAAACUUUUUACAGUUUUCCGAGUCUUCUUAGAACAUAAGUUUUUUUUUGAUUUCCACAAAUUGACAUAAUGUUUAUUAAAGUAAUUAGUAGGACCAGUUAAAUGGUAUUUCUCAAGUAAUUAUUAUUGCUGACAAAUUUAAUAAUGUACUUAAGGUUCUGUUGAGAUUUGCACUCACUGAAAGCAGUAUUUUGGCUCAAGUGGCCUUUCGAAGUUGGCAUUCGUACCUACUAUUUUCGGUAUUUUUUAUUUUGUAAUGAAAAUUUUCAGUCAUUGGUACUGAAAAUUAGAUCUCCUUUAAAGUCGUUCCUCAUUGUUAAUUUUUCUAGAUUUCUCUUAGUUAAAUACGCAAAAGCAAUAUUGAGUACGAUACUUAAAGUACUCAUUAGAGUUUCUUUUCACUUUCCUAUUUGCGUAACUGUUUCUCUAAUAACGAGAAAAUUCAUUAAAUAUUUACAGUUUUCCUAAGUCUUCUUAGAACUUAAGGGUUUUUUUGCUUUCCACUAAUUGACAUAAUGUUUAUUAAAGUAUUAGUAGGACCAGUUAAAUGGUAUUUCUCAAGUAAUUUUUAUUGCUGACAAAUUUAAUAAUGUACUUAAGGUUCUGUUGAGAUUUGCACUCACUGAAAGCAGUAUUUCGGCUCAAGUGGCCUUUCGAAGUUGGCAUUCGUACCUACUAUUUUCGGUAUUUUUUAUUUUGUAAUGAAAAUUUUCAGUCAUUGGUACUGAAAAUCAGAUCUCUUUUAAAGUUGUUCCUCACCGUAAUUUUGUCUAGUUUGCUCUUAGUUUAAGACGCAAAAGCAAUAUUGAGGACAGUACUUAAACUACUCAUUAGAGUUUCUUUUCACUUUCCUAUCUACAUAGCUGUUUCUCCAACAACUGGAAAAUUCAUCAAAUAUUUACAGUUUUCCUAAGUCUUCUUAGAACUUAGAUUUUUUUUUUGCUCUCCACAAAUUGACAUAAUGUUUAUUAAAGUAUUAGUAGAACCAGUAAAAUGGUAUUUCUCGAGUUAUUUUUUAUUGCAAACAAAUUUAAUAAUGUACUUAAGGUUCAGUUGAGAUUUGCACUCGUUCUAUAGUAUUUCGGCUCCAUGUGCCUGCAUUCCGUACUUCUUUCAACAUUUUUUUUUAUUUUGUUCUGAUAAUUUUCAGUCUUUGUUACAGAAAAUCUGUUCUCUUUCUAAGUUGUUCCUCAUCAUACAUUUUUCUAGUUUGCUCCUUAGCUUAAGUGGAAAAGCGUUACCUAUGGAAUGCGAAACUGUGAUUACCUACUUAUUAGAGUUAGUUUUCACUGUGUAUUUUAUAAGUUUAAAUGUAAUCGUUUUUAUUUUUUAUUACAUUUUCAUUUUCAGUUUCA